ACGGCGCAAUGGAGUCGAGUAGCCGCUACGCAGAGUCGCCGGGCCGGGGCCCGCGGGUGCUGGUGGUAGGCGGCGGCAUCGCGGGGCUGGGCGCCGCGCAGAGGCUCUGCCAUCACCGGGCCUUCCCGCACCUGCGGGUCCUGGAGGCCACCGCCCGCGCCGGGGGCCGCAUCCGCUCGGAGCGCAAAUUCGGUGGCGUAGUGGAAAUCGGUGCCCAUUGGAUCCAUGGACCCUCCCAAGGCAACCCUGUUUUCCAGCUGGCCGCGGAAUACGGGCUGCUGGGGGAGAAGGAGAUGUCCGAGGAAAACCAGCUGGUGGAGUUGGGGGUCCACUUGGGCCUGCCCUCUGUGUCAUAUGCCAGCUCUGGACAGAGCGUGAGCCUCGAGCUGGUGGCAGAUACGGCCAAUCUGUUCUAUACUCUGCUGGACCAGACCCGCGAGUUCCUGCAUGUGGCCGAGACCCCGGUCCCCAGCGUUGGGGAGUACCUAAAGCAGGAGAUCAGCCGGCACAUGGCCAACUGGACAGAGGACAAAGAGACCAAGAAGCUUAAGCUAGCUGUCCUCAACACCCACUUCAACCUGGAGUGCUGUGUGAGCGGCACCCACAGCCUGGACCUGCUUGCCCUCGGGCCUUUUGGGGAGUACACCAUGCUGCCAGGGCUGGACUGUACCUUCCGGGAGGGCUACGAAGGACUCACGAGCUGCAUAGUGGCCUCCUUGCCGAAGGACAUCCUGGUUUUCAACAAGCCUGUGAAGACGAUUCACUGGGGUGGAUCCUUCCAGGAGGAGACGCUUCCUGGGGAGACCUUUCCUGUGUCGGUGGAGUGUGAGGAUGGGGAUCGCUUCCCAGCCCACCACGUCAUCCUCACUGUGCCCUUAGGUUUUCUUAAAGAACAUCUGGACACCUUCUUUCAGCCGCCGCUACCCCCUGAGAAGGCAGAAGCAAUCAGGAAAAUGGGCUUUGGGACCAACAAUAAAGUCUUCCUGGAGUUUGAGGAGCCCUUCUGGGAGCCAGACUGCAAGUACAUGCAGGUGGUGUGGGAGGGCUCGUCACCACUUGAGGAAGCUGUGCCUGAACCACAAGACACCUGGGUCAGGAAGCUUUGUGGCUUUUUGGUCCUGCCCUCCUUUGGCUCCAUUCACGUCCUCUGUGGGUUCAUUGCUGGACUGGAGUCUGAGUUUAUGGAGACUCUGUCUGAUGAGGAUGUGCUCCAGUCUCUCACUCAGGUCCUUCGGAGGAUGACAGGGAACCCACAGCUCCCUGCACCCAGGAGUGUGCUGCGGUCUCGUUGGCACAGUGCCCCGUACACCCGGGGCUCCUACAGCUACGUGGCUGUGGGCAGCACUGGGGAUGACAUUGACCUGCUGGCUCAGCCCCUCCCUGCAGAUGGUGUGGACGCCCAGCUCCAGAUACUGUUUGCGGGGGAAGCCACACAUCGGACGUUUUACUCGACCACGCACGGGGCGUUGCUGUCAGGGUGGAGGGAGGCUGACCGGCUUAUUGGCCUGUGGCACACGGAGGCGCAGCUGUCCCAGCCUGAGCCCUGAGACCCUCCCAGUCUGCUCCUGCCAUCCUUCCUCUGACAGAGGAUGUUCAGCCCGGCUUGAGACGUGGGGAUGUGGAUGGAUGGUUCUCCUCCUCCUUUG